UCAUUAAACAAGAAUGUACUUGUGAGAAGCAAAAAAGUAAGUACCGACCACUUCUUCACUAUAAAUAGGCUAGCUUGUCACUUUGAACUAAGCUAAGCAUCCACCUACCUAAAAAGACUUGCACUACCUACUAGUACUCCUACUACCACCUUUGUUGUACUCCUCCUCCUCCGUCAUAUGGCUCAGGCGGAAUUUAAUCACUUUACCUAUCUCAGUCCUGAGCAGCUGCGCAAGCUUGCUCGUAUACUUUACUACCAAGAAGCUGAGGCCAUUAAGAAUAUCCAGUUCGAAUACGAAGCCAAACUCGCGAAAUACCUCCAGGAUUCCAAAGCUUGUUAUGAAUCGGCGAUAAGGCUUUUGGAUAGUGCUACUACGUUGGAGCCUUGGUUUGAUCACGGCGACAAGGUUCGGGCUUCUAUUGCUCACGACAUCUACGGUUAUAUUGAAAACGCUGCCAACCAUGCAAUCCAGUUCGUGAAAAACUUUUAUGUGCGAAUGGAUUACGUAAACAAGAUUAAAAAGCAUGUCAAUGAACUCAGUGGUAAACUGGAUGAUCAAGUGACCAAUAUGGAAGAGCUGGCAAAAGAAGCUCACAAAUUCAGGAACGACUCGUUGGAGAUCGCCAGGGGUAGUCAAAGUCCCGCAUCACGCCAAUACUCCAGAUGGAUCAAGGAAACCGGCAAGACGUUUGAAGAACUAGUGCAGAAGUAUCAGACAGAGCUUGGAUACGGAAGACGUCGUUUUGCAGACCUUGAAGAUUUUGAAAAGAUAAAGGUGUACGGCACAAUCAUAUCUAAAUCCGGACGGGCAAAUAUUGAUGUAACUGCGUAUUCAAAGAUUUUUGGGGCUGCUGGCAUAGCUGUUCUUAUUCUCGCUGCAGGAAUUUUAGUAUGGGACAUAUAUUCAGCAGACAAUCCACUUCAAACCGCGGCGCGUGACGCUGUAACGACUGCAGCAGCAAUUGGUGGUGCGAUGAUAGGAGAAGUUGUUGGAGUUGCCCUCGCAUCCAUGGUCACUGGCAAUGCUUUGUUAGUACUCAUGGCGGGAAUAACAGCCGGCAUCGCCGGCGCUUUUCUUAUCGGAGAAUUCGCCAUCUGGUUGAUUAAUGUGAUUUUUGGGUCUGGAGGCAGUGCCCCAUUGAGCACGAUGGGGCAUCGAUGUUACGUCACACAGUUGCCCGAGGGCUCAGUUCUGGCACGCCAAAUUGCACAUCAGCAAUCUUAAGAGGGUGAGGAUCUACAUAUCCUUAGCGGUUAUGAGCACUACUACACCCCAAGUCUACAUAUUAUCCGUACUGAAUAAUUUGAGGCCUAUUUUGUGCUAUACUACUUUUAAUUUGUACCGUCAAUAUGAGAGAUAUUGUAAAUCUUAUCUAAAUAAGAAACCAAAUCCAUAAAUAAAGGUAAUGCCAUGCAAUAAGUAUCGAUACUUUCA